AUGAUCUCUCUGUCAUCACUCAGAAGAGUAUACAACUCAAAACAAACUUGCGUUCUGAGAGUUGGAAUCAAGUGUUGCAAAGGUUGCCAGACAAAUGCCAAGAGAAAGUUGCUCAGUGUCUCUGGGGUGAGUGCGGUAGAGUAUAACGCAGAACAAGGGCUCCUGACAGUCUCAGGUGACCCCAACCCAGCGACGCUGCUUCGUAAGCUUACCAAAUGGGGCAAAAAAGCAGAGCUUGUCUCUGUUCUUGAAGGCGCCUCUGCCCCUGCCCCCCCGGAACACGACCAGCUGAGCAUGACAAUGGAGAAGACGAAGAAGAAGAAGAAGAGGCCAACAAAGUGCUUUCUCCUUAGGUGUUUUGGGAAGCGAAUCAGUAAGGCCAAGGUCGAGCCUUAUCGAGGAUCAUGGGUUCAAAACGCCCCCUUCAUCAACAACGCUGUUACGCCUCCAAGGGUGUAUCCUCCUCCUCAAGCAGUGCCUGGCUUCCAGACACCCAUCCCAUACCCUCCUCCCUAUUUCGGUGAAGCCCAACCACCACCCCCGUACACUGCUGGUAUGUUCCGGUCAGCUCCACCACAGUCCCCCUCGUAUUUCCCGUUAAGACAGACUCAGUUUCCACAGAUGGUCAACUCUAGGCUGCACUAUCCGCAUCACUGA